AUGAAUGUGUUGAGUGAAGAGAUCAGGAAUGAAGAGCUGUGGGAGUUGUUGUGUGCUGAUCUGGUGAUUACUGCUAAGAAUGAGGAUGACCUAAAGAAAAGGAUUGGAGAGUGGCAGGAGUCUUUAGAGAGGGAAGGCUUAAAGGUGAAUGUUUAUAAAACUGAGGUUUUGGUGAGCAGUCCAAGGAAGCGAUAUCACAAUGAUAACUGGGGCCCCAACAAGAGGUUUGGUGGUGGUGGUAGAGGUGGGGGUGGCCAGUUCGACGGUGGAUGGGGUGGUGGGGGUUGGGGUGGCGGCUGGGGAGGGAAUAAUUGGAAUUCAUGGAAUGAUCAGUAUAAUAAUUAUGGUGGAUACGAUAAGUACGAAGAAGAAGAGGCAGAUGAGGACGACACCAGUGCAAAUGAAGCCUGGAUUGCAGAGGAAACAAAGCUAUUAGAGGAAGAGUUUGGACCUGGCAUCAUAUCCAUCAUGUACGAUGACGAUGGGGGCAUGAUGUAUGUGUGUGAUAUUUGUCAGUCCCAGUUGAAUGGCCGAAAGUCUCUCGAUGUACACAUCAAUGGAAUGAAGCAUCUGAAGAAAAAGAAUAUUUGGGAGAAGAAACGGAGACUAGAAAACUUCAAAGAAGCAGAAGGUGAACCUGACCAAAAGAAAUCUGACACUAAUAAUAGCACGGGAGGCAAGGAUACUAACCAAGGAGGAAUUCCAAGUUUAUACACCCAGCCACCACCAUCAGUUACAGGGAUGCAUCCUGUUUCUUUUCCACCUCCGUUAACAGUUCCACCAAAUCAGUGGAAUACACCACCACCUCCUCCUCCAGCAGCAGCAGAGCAGCAGCAGCAGCAGCAGCCCAAGUUCCCCAAGUUGAAGACAAGCCUAAAACAAAUCUAUCAGGGGGUGCAACUGGAACCUUGUUACAGAAGCUAGCUGCGUGUGCAGUGAAGAACCUAAAAGAUUCUGACUUGGCCACCAAUGUAAUUAUUGCCCUUGUAAAAACCAUGAAGGAAUACAAUCAUACAAGAGGAGACACAAGAUCUAUAGAAGUCCUCACAGAGAUUGAUGUAAA